UAUCCAAUGAUCCAGGUCCCAAACCCAAAUCCUAGAGAUGGCCAGCCGCCACACAUUUAUGUUUUCAGACCCUGGACCUUGAAAGAGGCCAGAAAGGCGGUAGAAGGAAUAACUCCUGUAUCAGAAGAUCCCGAUAAAUGGAUAGAAGACAUGACGGGAUUAAUCCAUUCAUAUAGAUUAAAUGGAGUGGAAGCAGGAGAAGCAGCCAUGUCCUCAUUAGGAAAGGAUUGGGCAAAAGUGAGGGGAAGUUAUACAGGGAAAGUAAUUAAUAAUAAUAUUUUAAUUCCAAUCCCAUACCCUCCAGGAGCGAACCCCGCUCUCUCUGAUGAUUUUAAAGCACAAUGGGAUCCGUUGUGUGAGAGAGUUAGAACAAAUUUUCGUAAAAGGGCAAAUUAUAGUCAUCUGUCAGGAAUUAAACAAAAAACUGGAGAAGAUGUGGACGACUUUCGUCUACGAUUUGAGAAGGAGUUCAAAGUUCACAGUGGGAUCACUUAUGAUGAAGGACCAGAAAGCGUAUAUCAACAACAAUUAAAAAACGCACCAAAAGUUGAAAAAAGGAUGUGGAUAACUAAGGGUGCGAAAAUUAAUGAUGAGAACAUUUUUGAAGUCAAUAAGAAACCAGUCCUUCCUAAAUCUUUAUUUAAAGCGGCAGCAAUUGUGACACAUGGGCGCUGCCAUGUGUCAACAGGGGGGAUGGAAACCAUAAUACAACAGCAUUUCACAACAUAUGGUUUAAAUUCAUACUUAAAAAAUUUUUGUACUGCAUGUCCAGUUUGUGUGAAAUAUAAUUCUCAGGGAAACAUAAGGCCAAAACGAGGCAGGUUCCCGAAACCAUCUUAUCCAUUUCAAACUAUGCAUAUGGAUUUUAUUGAACUUUCACAAAGUGGGCCAUACAAAUAUUGUCUGGUGAUGAUUGACGCUUUUUCUAAAUGGGUGGAAAUAGUUCCAGCAAAGCAUGCAGAUGCUUUAACAGUAGCUAAGGCUAUUUGUAAAACUAUUAUUCCAACACAUGGCAUUCCACAAACUGUUUAUAGUGACAAUGGACCACAUUUUGUAAACCAAGUGAUACAAAAUAUGGCUACACACUUGGGAAUGACAUUAAAGAAUCACUGUGCCUACCACCCACAGAGCGCGGGGCUGGUGGAACGAGCCAAUGGAACUGUAAAAAGCAGAUUACGAAAAUGCAUGGCAGAUACUGGCCGAGCCUGGCCAGAAUGCUUAGAUUUGGUGAAGCUUUAUAUGAGGAUCACCCCGACAGCUGAUGGUUUAACACCGUUUGAAAUAAUUCAUGGGAGAGCUUAUAGAUUGCCUCUAUUUGCUCCAGACUUACAAAAAGCUGACGAACAACAGACAUUAGCAGACUAUAUGAUUAGGACCUUUAAACUGAAGGAAGUGUCCAGUGCAAAUUUACUGCCUUCUGAUUCUCUUCCUGUACAGGAGGCCACUCCAAUCGAGCAAGGUGAUUGGGUCUACAUAAAGGUCAUCAAACGAAAGAACUGGGCGAGUCCACGGUGGGAAGGACCGUUCCAGGUGCUGAUGACCACACCAACAGCUGUAAAGAUUGCUGAAAGACCCAGUUGGAUUCAUCUCAGUCACUGUAAGGUACAGAGAGUGUUAGAUCCCUAAAUCAGAGUGACGGGGAAGUCUGAUUUACAAAGGGGUUCUGUCGUUUAGGACAGUUCGUCUCAAGGUCAGCAGAAGAAUUCAACAGAUCCUCACUCUGCUAGGCUGGGGGUCCUGACAUCUCUGUAUUCUGAGCAGCAAUGGAAACUCCAUAUGCCAGAUGGAUUUUCUACUGUAUUGUGACUGCUGUAUGUUUGAUGUUUGGAGAAGGAAACGAGCCUGAGCUUCAUCCGCAUGACUACAGUACGAAUCUGUGGUGGAAGCUGAUGAAUAGAACCGCUUAUGAGGGACAUGCUGUGAACUGCUACGUGUGUGCGCAGAUGCCGGUUUCCAUACAUAACUCAGGUCUACGACCAGGUAACAUUACUGACGACAAACAGAUGUGUCUCUACGUUCUAAGCACCAGACCACGGCGUAUCCCACCCCUAAGAGGAGACAGACCACGUGAGGAGGACUAUUCAGUUGACCUCCGGAUGGGAGAGGCUGUGCAAAGCCUAUUUCAAUCUUUAAAUUGUUCACUUGCAGAUGAUGUACUUCCUUUGCCGUCAUCUCAACAAACUGUAUGGAAAAUACCAGAGAUCAUUUCGUUAGCAGGAGCUAAACCAGGAUCUCUAGGGAACUGUGUUUAUAAUAAUGGACAUGUUGUUCUAGGGACGGUGCCCUGGAACUUGUGUAACAGAGUUUACACCUACUGCGAACCGACACAGGAUUUCAUCACCUGCACAGCAUGCAGGGGUC